AGAGGCGCUUCGAAAUAAAAUUACAGCGGAGAGAAACCUGAGAGUGGUCAUAGAAGCGUUUUAGCUGUACCCUUAUUCGCCGCAAAAGUGACAAAGAGAAGAAGACAGUCGUAAAAUAUGACACUUAUGUUACGAGCUUCUGCGUUUACUUGGAAAAAACUUUUCUUUAAGGACUUUCCUCGUUUCGAAUGCGGUUUAAGUUGUACUAUACCUAAUGCUUGUAAUUUUGAGAGACGAUCCACGGGAUGUAAUAUCAAGUACUUCUCAACGAAAGAUUGCCAAAAAACUGUGGGAAGAACGGAAAUUUAUUAUGGACCUCUAACCAAACAUAUCAAAGCUCUCAAACUUUUUUCAUUAUUGACUAGCACUUUUGGUUUAUCGACUCAGCCAUUUAUUUACUUAAAAGCUAUGGAAAAUGAUAAUAUUGAUGCACUUUUAGGAAUAUCUGCGUGUAUUGGAUUAUUGGCUAUAAUCACUCCUUUUUUAAUACAUAUAAUUACGAAAAAAUAUGUAACACACUUGUACUAUGAUGCGAAACAAGACAUAUAUAUCGCAAACACUUACAGUUUGUUUGCUCGAACAAAAGAGCUCACAUUUGUACCAGAGGAUGUAGUUGUACCAGAUGUAACUGGAAUGUUUACAAAUUGCGUUAUAAAGAAUAUUCCGUUAUUUUUGGAAUCAAACUUUUUCUAUGACCAUAGUCAUUAUAUUCGUAUAAUGGGAUAUGAUAAACCAAUGGAUUUUAAAUUAAAUAAUAAUGAUCAAACAGUGGAUCAACCAAUGGAUACUAAAUAUACAAACGAUAAUAAAAAAUAAUCGUAACGUAAA